AUGUGUAGACAGCAGUCAGCAACCUCUCACUCCUUCUUUCCAAGCAUCCCUGUCAAGUGGGCUAAUGUGGGAAAGGCAGCACUCCUGCACAUCCCUCCCAAUGCAGACCACAUCUUCCUAGUCUUUUCUUCAGUUUUUUCUUCCCUUUUUUCAGUCAACAACCUUUCUUUUCCUUCAUUCAUUAUUCAGUUAUUCUCACUUUUUAUUUUAUUUUCAUUCAGCCAUUUUAUCAUUUUCUUUUUCCUUCAUUCAGUCUUUUCUUCCCUUUUUUCAACAACCUAUUCCUUCAUAUUCAGUCAUUCUUCUAUGUUUCCUUCUCUCUUUCCUCUCAUUUAUUCUUUCUUUUUUAAAUACUCUUUCCUUCUUUCUCUCACUCAUUCUUUCAUUCUUCCUUCCUUAUUCUCGCUUGGUAUUCUUUCAUUUAUUCUCAUUUUCUUUCUUUCUUUAAUUUCAAUCAUUCCUUCAUGCAUUUCAUUGAACUAUUCCCUCUCUUUUGGUCAUUCUUUCAGUUUUUUUGUUCUUAUUCAGUUAUUCUUCCAUUUUCACUUCUCUUUUCUCUUUGUUCUCAUUCAGUCCUUUUUCUAUUUCAUUCUUUUUUUCUUUUAUUCCGUCAUUAUUUCAUGUUUUUCACUAACGUGUUUCUUCUUAUUCAUUCAUUAG